CGCUGAAAAUAAAAUGUCGCUCCCUGAAAUUACCGGCCAAGCUAAGCUAACGGCUAACAUGUCCGCCUUUGGUCGGAGCCUGCCACUAGCUGACAUUUAACCAGGAGCGAUUCUUCCGUUUGGCACUCGCGCUGCGGAGGACGGUUCAUCGAGAGAUUGGAGUACAGUCCUAUGCGGAAGGUACAAAAGCGGGAAUGCAAGACAUUUGUUAGAGGACUCAAUAUGGGAAGGGGUCGAGGCAGAGGGAGAGGAAGAGGCAGGGGGUCAUCUGGUCAGCUGCGGUCCCCCUCGCCUUACAGACUGCAGCUCUCCCCAUCCAGGGAAACCUUGACAUACGCUCAGGCCCAGAAAAUUGUGGAAGUGGACCUUGAAGGAAGGCUCCAUCGAAUUAACAUCACAGAUCUUCUGCCAGUAAUUACAGAGGAUGAAAUGAUGGCUCAGGACAUAGCAGAGUGCAACAGCAACAAGGAAAACAGCGAGCAAACGCAGAGUAAAAACAAAUCAUGGAGGAAACCCUCUAACAAUAAAAGCAGAAGGAGCAGUAAAAAUGUGUCUCAACAAAAUCAGCGGACUGGCUCGCAGCAGCAUACUGGAUCUACUUAUUCUUUCCAGCAUCUGUCUCAAACCCCUCUGCCUGAGCCCACAUUUCAUGUGCUGAGUUCAGUUUCUCCAUCUGAGGUGCCUCCUCUCCCAGCAGCCUACUACCGUUACAUAGAAAAGUCUGGGGAGGAGCAGGACAGUGUGGCUGAGUACGACAUGGACGAGGAGGACUUGGCUUGGCUGGAGAUGGUGAACCAAAAGAGGGUGUCUGAUGGCCAUGCGUCUGUAUCUGCGGACACUUUUGAGCUUCUUAUCGAUCGCCUGGAAAGGGAGUCGAUCCUCGAGUCCCGCAGCCAGGCUCUGUCCCAUAAUGCUGUUGAUGAAGAUGCUUUCUGCUGCGUUUGCUUGGACGAUGAAUGUCUGAACAGUAACGUCAUCUUGUUUUGUGACAUCUGCAACUUGGCCGUCCACCAGGAGUGCUACGGUGUGCCCUAUGUACCUGAAGGCCAGUGGCUGUGCCGCUGCUGCCUGCAGUCCCCCUCCCGCCCUGUAGACUGUGUGCUCUGUCCAAACCAAGGAGGUGCCUUCAAGCAGACGAGUGACGGACGAUGGGCUCAUGUUGUGUGCGCCAUAUGGAUCCCAGAGGUUUGCUUUGCUAACACAGUGUUCUUAGAGCCCAUUGAAGGAGUCAAAAAUAUCCCUCCUGCUCGCUGGAAGCUUACAUGCUAUCUGUGUAAGCAGAAAGGCAGGGGAGCAUCCAUUCAGUGCCACAAAGCCAACUGUUACAGAGCUUUUCAUGUCACCUGCGCCCAGAAGGCUGGCUUGUAUAUGAAAAUCGAUCCGGUCCGAGAGACGGGCGUUAACGGCACCACCUUCUCUGUGAAGAAGACUGCUUUCUGUGAGCAUCACUCCCCUGUUGGGUCUCGGCGGGACGGGUCUGGAGAUGAGUCCAUCGAAGGAAGGAUGGUAGGGGGGAGGGGUAACAGAGGUCAAAGGUCAUAUACACAAAGCUCACCCUCACCCACUAACAAGAAGGCAACCAAAGGUCAGAAAAAGAAGAAUUCAAAAGGGUCUGGUUCAACACGUCGCUCGAAUAUUCCUGUGCUGCUUGUUCCUCAGAUCCCCUCUCACAGGCUGAACAAGAUCUGCACGGGGGUUGAAGUACAAAGGAAAAAUCAGUUCAUGCAGAGACUUCAUAAUUAUUGGUUACUGAAACGUCAGUCACGAAAUGGCAUGCCUUUAAUACGCCGGCUUCAUUCUCAUCUACAAGCUCAUAAAACUGCAGAGCAGCGGGAGCCAGAUGAAAAGCUGAGUGCUGCAAGAGAGGAACUGCGAUACUGGCAAAAGUUGAGGCAGGACCUGGAAAGAGCUCGACUUCUGGUGGAACUUAUCCGUAAGAGAGAGCGGUUAAAGAGAGAACAGAUGAAAAUCCAGCAGGCUGCCCUUGAGUUAACGUUGACUCCUGCUCUGGUGCUUCUGCAAUCCACCUUGGACCAGCUGCAAGAAAAAGACUCAGCCAAAAUCUUCUCUCAGCCUGUCAACCUAUCAGAGGUCCCAGAUUACCUGGAGUUUAUAUCCCAGCCCAUGGAUUUCUCCACGAUGCGCACCAAACUAGAGGGACACGCCUAUUGCUCAAUUGGGGAUCUAGAGAAGGACUUUGAUCUCAUGAUCUCAAACUGCCUGAAAUACAACUCCAAGGACACCCUGUUCCACAAAACAGCCUUACAGCUGCAGGAGGUGGGGGGAGCCGUCCUCCGUCAUGCCCACAGGCAGUCUCAGACCAUUGGCCUGGACCCAAACACUGGCAUGCACCUGCCAGAAGCACCAAACAAACAUGGCUUCUACCACUGCACAUGGGAGGAUGUCGAUUCUCUCCUGGAUCCAGAAAACAGACUGCACCUUACCACAGAGGAGCAGCUCAAAGCCUUACUGGAUAAACUGGACAUAGUCGCCUCGAUGCACACCAGUGGCGGUCGCACCAAACGCAUUAGGCUUCUGCGCCGAGAGAUCAACACUCUGAGACAGAAGAUGAACCAGGAGCAGCAAAGUGCUCAGUCCAUGAAUGGAAACAACAGGGAUCAAGAAGAAAAUGAAGAGGAGGAUGAGGAGGUGGUGGAAGAACAGCCAAAGAAGGGAAAGAAAAAAAAGGAGGAUGCUGAAAAUUGCCCUUUAACUGCAGUGUCAAACUCUACAAUGGAUGAUUCUCCACCUGUCCUAGAGCUUACCUGUCCAGUAUCAUCACCCUUACCAGGAGAUGCCCCUCUGGAGCCCCCUGUUCUGGGCAUUGUGACAGGAGGGCGGAGGUCACCUGGGCGUUCCUACAAGCGCCAGAGGUCCUCACGCAGUGGAAACAAAAGCCAAGGUGAAGAUGAGGCAGAAGUGGGAGAAACUCCAUCUUCUCAACCUGAGGCUGUUCAUGAGGUUACACCCCUUGGCACACCUCCAACCCUGACUGUGGCUGGGGUGGGCCGUCGCACAUCUGUUCUGUUUAAGAAAGCUAAAAAUGGGGCACGGAUGGGAAAGAACAAGUCCACUCCACUGCAGAAUGGGAAAACCUCUGAGGGGAAAACCAAUGGUCUGGAUACAACACUCGUUAGCCCAGAUUCAACCAGUGAGAACACAACCACCUUACCUCCUACCCCCAACACCUCCCCUACCUCUGCCUCUCCUUCCACACACCACUUGCGUUCCAGAGGCCCCAGCUCAGAGAGCGAAGCUGACAACCCUCCUGCACCCCCCAUAGAGGAAGGCCUGACAAAUGGGAAGCACACUUCUGCAGACCAGGAAGAAGACGAUGACUCAAACCUAACCGUUCCCCCUCCUAAACGCAGCCGAGGUAAGCCAGCGUUGGCAAAGGUUCCGAGCAAAGAGAACGGAGACAUCUCUGCAUCUGGAAAGUCUACACUUCUGUCUUUAGAUAGUGAAAUGGAACUUUCACCACUGGACCUGGUUUGGGCAAAAUGUAGAGGAUACCCUUCCUACCCAGCAAUGAUUGUUAAUCCAAACAUGCCUCAGGAAGGACUCCUUCACAACGGCAUCCCCAUCCCAGUGCCUCCCGUGGAGGUGCUCAAACUGGGUGAAUGGAGGAAAACUGAGGAGGAUGAAAAGCUCUUCUUAGUGCUGUUCUUUGACACCAAAAGAACAUGGCAAUGGCUCCCUCGAAACAAACUACUGCCGCUGGGGAUAGACGACACUGUAGACAAACUGCGCCUGAUGGAAGGAAAGAAACCCAGCGUUCGCAAGUCUGUACACACUGCUUAUGACCGGGCAAUAGUGCAUUUAAACCACGUGAGAGGAAACCAGAACUUCACUCCCUCCAAUUUUAUAUAAAUUUUAUUUUAAAGAUCUUAUCUUUAACAACCUGACUGUAUAGAAACGUCUUUAAUCCUUUUAAAAAUGUGGGAAAGUGUAAAACAUUUCCAAAAAGGUUGACUUUUUUUUUUUU